AUGUGUGAAAUUUAUGUGAAAAAUUGUGAGAAAAGCAUUGCCAAAAGAACAAAUUUUGUGGUUGAAGGUCUCUACUUAUUUGGAACAUUGGCACAUAGACUCGUUGCCAGGGAUGAACGCAGUUGUGUGUGUGUGUUUUAUUUUCUCCACCCAUGCUCGUUGCCUUAUUAGCAACUUUAUACUCGGUAAUUCUGACAUGAGGAAUAUUCCCAGAAUUUAUUUUUUCAUUUUAUUUUACAUCCGUAGAACCAUGAAUUUACAUUCAGUAAUGAACAGUAGCCAUCAAAAAAUUAU